UUCAUUCUUUCGCUCCACCCCAAUCCCUCUCCCCCGAUCCAGAUCGACGACGACGGCCCCCCGUCGCCACCCCCUCCUUCCCCAUCCCGCCGCCGCCUCUCUUUCCGGGGUCGUUGAAGUUUCGGUGCGCGAUGCUGCCAUGGAGCUGCUGCCAUGGGAGCCGUCUUCUCUCUCGCGACGCCGCACCCUCCUUGCCAGCCCCUCGCUUCCUUCUCCAGCUUCUCAUGAUCCCUCCCCAACCGAUCCAAGAUACGGAAACAAUCCUCCUCGCCCCCCCUCGAUCGAUCGAUCCCGACCGGCCGCGGCGAUGUGAUGCUGUCGGAGAUGUACCAGAGCACGCGGCGGCUGCAGGGACGCACCGGCUGCUGCGGGAUGAUGGCACACCGGCUGCUGCGGGACACGCAGGCCGAUGGCUGGGAGCGGUCCGACUUCCCCAUCAUCUACGAGUCAUGCCUCGGCGACAACCCCUACGUCCGCAUGAUAUGGUAUAGCAAUGUUCCUCAUACGAAGCUGGUGGAGUACAAGGGGUACCAGAACUGGGUUAAUGUCUCCGGGGAGCACCUGGUCUUUCCGGGAGGCGGAACUCAGUUCAAGCAUGGUGCUCUGCAUUACAUUGAUUUCAUUCAGGAGACGAUGGUCUAGCGGCACAUGGCGCCGGAGCUGAGCCUGGGCAUGAGGAGCGACAGCUACGUGUGGGUCCUUGACCUGCUCGGCCUCAACCUGCAGACCUGUUGCCAUCUGCUCUGAAGGUAUUGUGCAGAAGACGUUCGUCAGGGAGGAAGGGCAGCCGACGGCACCGAGCCUGGUGGCCGGGGAGAUCCUCUCCUUCACGCGCAACAGCUUCGCUGUCUCCGACCGCAGCGAGGUCAUCAUGUAAGGAGCACGCUGGAUUUCGACAUUAGUGCGGCAGUGCUUGCCAUUGCUCUGCAAGUGUCUAAAACAGAGCCGUCGAAUUGUACUUCAGCAAGCCUUGUGUGACAGCUGCUUUACUUGCGUUAUUAUUCUGGUUCUCAAAGCACACUUGUUCAGAAUACUAGUUAGUGAAUCUGCUGCAACUUUUAGUACUAGUAAUUAGUUAAACUCUCUAUAUACUAAUUAGGGGUCUUGUUUUAUGACUGUUCUGAACUGAAUCAACACAGAACAAGUUAAUGUUCCUCUCUUUGCUUUAAACUAAUCGAAUCAUUGCUAUCCCGUUGUGUAAAAAUAUGACAUCAUUGUGUGUUGCUUUCUGCUGGGUGCUUUGUGAGACUAUGAAUAUAGUAUUAUAGUA